AAACCUGAGCUACAACAAGUUGACAGAGAUUGAUCCUUCUGCCUUUGAAGGGCUGUCGAACCUGCAGGAAGUGCGACUGAACAAUAAUGACCUGACUGCCAUUCCCUCCCUGGGACCCACUGCUUCCAGCGUCCGCUCCCUUCACCUGCAUCACAACAAGAUCCGCAGCAUUGAAGCAAGUCAGCUGAAGCCCUAUGUUACCCUGGAAACAUUGGACCUGAGUUUUAAUGACAUCACGGAAAUCCGAAACGGCUGCUUUCCGCAGGGACUUCACAUAAAGGAGCUCUACCUGGGGAGCAACAGAAUCAGCACCUUGGAGCCUGGUGCUUUUGAUAGUCUGUCACGGUCCCUGCUAACACUUCGUCUGAGUAAAAACAGGAUCACUCAGCUUCCUGUCAAGGCGUUCAGGCUACCCAGGCUAAUACAACUGGAGCUGAACCGGAAUCGCAUCUGCCUGAUUGAAGGCCUGACGUUCCAGGGACUGGACAGCUUGGAAGUCCUGAAACUCCAGCGCAACAACAUAAGCAAAUUGACUGAUGGGGCUUUCUGGGGUCUAGCCAAGAUGCAAGUUCUCCACCUGGAGUAUAACAGCCUGACAGAAGUAAAUAGUGGCUCUCUAUAUGGCCUUUCAUCUCUGCACCAGCUUCACCUCAGUAACAACUCCAUAUCCCGCAUCAAUCCAGAUGGCUGGAGCUUCUGUCAGAAGCUGCAUGAGCUAAUACUCUCUUACAACAACCUAACCAGGCUGGAUGAAGGAAGCUUGGCAGACCUUGGGGAACUGCAUGUACUACGACUGAGCCACAAUUCCAUCAAUCAUAUUGCAGAAGGUGCUUUCAAGGGACUCAAAAACCUACGUGUCCUGGAACUGGACCACAACGACAUCUCGGGCACAAUAGAAGAUACCAACGGAGCCUUUACAGGCCUAGAAAACCUAAGCAAGCUAACUCUAUUUGGAAACAAGAUCAAGUCGGUGGCCAAGAAAGCGUUCUCAGGGUUGGAGGCCCUGGAGCACCUGAACCUUGGGGAUAACGCCAUCCGCUCGAUUCAAGCAGAUGCUUUUGCUAAGAUGAAGAGCCUGCGGCAGCUCCACAUAAACAGCGACAGCUUCCUCUGCGAUUGCCAGCUGAAAUGGUUGCCCCAGUGGUUAGUUGAGAAAGAGCUGCAAUCCUUUGUGGUGGCCACCUGCGCCCAUCCUGAGUCACUAAAAAGCAAGAGCAUUUUUGCCAUCCUGCCAGAAAGUUUUGUGUGUGAUGAUUUCCCCAAGCCGCAGAUCAUCAUCCAGCCCGAGACAACAGUGGCUGUCCUUGGGAAGGAUAUCCGUUUCACUUGCUCGGCCGCUAGCAGUAGCAGCUCCCCCAUGAUGUUUGCAUGGAAGAAAGACAACGAGAUGCUGCACAAUGCCGAGAUCAAGAACUUUGCCCAUGUGCGGGCAAAGGAUGGUGAGGUGAUGGAGUACACCACCAUUCUGCACCUCCGGCAUGUCACCUUUGCCCACGAAGGGCGUUACCAGUGUAUCAUCACCAACCACUUUGGCUCUACCUACUCCAACAAGGCCCGGCUCACUGUUAAUGUGUUGCCCUCAUUUAUCAAAACUCCCCACAACGUCACCAGCCGGACAGGGACAACGGCACGGCUGGACUGUGCAGCUGAAGGACACCCCACCCCACAAAUUGCCUGGCAGAAGGAUGGGGGCACGGACUUCCCUGCGGCCCGAGAACGCCGCAUGCAUGUCAUGCCUGACGAUGAUGUCUUCUUCAUUACGGACGUGAAGAUAGAAGACAUGGGUGUCUACAGCUGCACGGCACAGAACUCUGCAGGGUCUGUGCUUGCAAAUGCCACACUGACUGUCCUGGAGACACCGUCUUUGAUUCAUCCACUGGAAGACCACGUAGUGUCUGUAGGUGAGACUGUGGCUCUUCAGUGCAAAGCCACAGGGAGCCCAUCUCCCCGCAUUACCUGGCUGAAAGGUGACCAGCCCCUCAUUGUGACAGAAAGGCAUCACUUUACCUCUGGCAACCAGCUGCUGAUCGUUAGGAACGUUGUCUUGGAGGAUGCUGGGAAAUAUACUUGUGAGAUGUCCAACACUCUGGGGACGGAGCGCGCCCACAGCCAUGUGAGCAUCUUACAGUCUCUCAGCUGUAGGAAGGACCGUACCACUGUGGGGAUCAUCACCAUUGCCGUGGUGUGUAGCAUCGUGCUGACGUCUCUGGUCUGGGUCUGCAUCAUCUACCAAACCAGGAAAAAGAGUGAAGAAUACAGCGUCACUAACACAGAUGAGACUAUUGUGCCUCCUGACGUGCCAAGCUACUUGUCUUCACAAGGGACUCUUUCUGACCGGCAGGAAGCAGUUGUCAGAGUAGAUAACCCACAGCCGAACGGACACAUAGACAGCAAUGAUGGUUCGUUUCUUACAGGUAUGUGUCAGACUGAUGCUGGAAGGUGUCCAGAUGUUGAAGCUCCCAGUAUAGGUUGUAGACAGCCAAAGCUGUGUAUCGGCUGUAAUAAAGAUACUUGGAAAACUGAAGACAUGGCUGAUGGAAUGCUUGUUCCAGAUAAGACAGGCUACGGCCUGCCAGUUGUGUGCACGGACUGCAGUGGCAGCACGGACAGCAUGAACGUCCACAUUUACCCCAAGGAGUCGGAGUACUACUCGGAGAGCCUGAAGACUAUGGAUAAUACCUACCCAAACGCACUGAGCAACAAGGAACGAAAUAGGAAGAGGGGUGCAGGCACCAGCCUUCUUCAUCCUCAGCUGUGCAACGGGAUUGCCAGCAGCAAGAGGAUGGAAACAGACGGGACCCUCUACCCCAGCAACCACGACAGAAUAAGACCUGAGAGCACGACCAGCCCGCUGCUUGCAGACAAACACGGCUCUUCACCAGCAGUAGCAAAACCUUCAGAGCUUAACAACCUUAAUUUGGUGAGAGCUUCACCAGCAGGAGGGUCCUUAAAGCAACUGAACGUGCUUCCUGAAAUUUCCCCAACACUACUGGAUUUGCAGAGCGAAGCAGAAGUGAAGCAGGCGCUCCUGUCCAACGGUUACGCGCCCAAGCCGUGCGACUCCGUUCAUGAGCUGAAGCCACCGAACAGAUCGCUGGACUGA